GUUCCGCGUUGGUAUCAAGAAGGCCAGGAAGUACAAUGAACGAUUUGCCAGCAUCGACAAACUCGACUUAUACUUGGUCAAUACUGCUGAUGACGAUGAAUUGGAGCAGAACACAAUGAAGAAAGUGUCGGAAAACCCAACCCCGCUCAAAGGGUUGCAAAACCUGGCCACAUUACUAAUCCUUCCCCCCCGAUGA